GGCACCGGAAGUGAGCGCGGGGCCGUCGCCGGGGAGAGUCCGGAGCUCGAGCCCAGGGCCAGGCCGCGGCUGCCAGGUACUCAACCGGGGGUUGGAGCGCGAGGCCCGGGCCUCACACCCAGUCGCACCCCCGGGGCUCAAAGGCGGCGGGUCGUGCACAGCUGGUGUCCUAAACGUUCCCAGUCGUGAGGAAGGUCUGUUCUAUGGCUUGAUACGCUGCAGCUCAGGGAGUCGCCAGCUUAAUUGAUACCUUGGAAAGGACAGAAGCAUGGCGAUGACGGGACAGGCGGCCUUCUACCCCUCCAUGAGCAACCACACCAAGGAGCGCGUCACCAUCACCAAGGUGACGCUGGAGAACUUCUACAGUAACUUGAUCGCACAGCACGAGGAGCGUGAGAUGAGACAAAGAAAGUUAGAAAAAGUAAUGGACGAAGAAGGGCUCGGAGAUGACGAGAAGCGGAUGAGACGGUCUCAGCACGCCAGGAAAGAGACUGAGUUCCUGCGACUGAAGAGGACCAGACUCGGACUGGAUGAUUUUGAAUCUCUCAAGGUCAUUGGUCGAGGUGCAUUUGGGGAGGUGCGGCUCGUACAGAAAAAAGACACAGGGCACAUCUACGCCAUGAAGAUCCUGCGCAAGUCAGACAUGCUGGAGAAAGAGCAGGUUGGCCACAUCCGGGCAGAGCGAGACAUCCUGGUGGAAGCAGACAGCCAGUGGGUGGUGAAGAUGUUCUACAGCUUCCAAGACAAGCUGAACCUGUACUUGAUCAUGGAGUUCCUGCCAGGAGGUGACAUGAUGACGCUACUGAUGAAGAAGGACACACUGAGUGAGGAGGAGACGCAGUUCUACAUCGCAGAGACUGUGCUAGCCAUCGACUCCAUCCACCAGAUGAGCUUCAUUCACAGGGACAUCAAACCAGACAACCUGCUCCUGGACAGCAAGGGCCACGUGAAGCUGUCUGAUUUUGGAUUGUGCACGGGUCUAAAGAAAGCUCACAGGACUGAGUUCUACCGCAACCUGAGUCACAGCCUGCCCAGCGACUUCACGUUUCAGAACAUGAACUCCAAGCGGAAAGCAGAGACAUGGAAAAGGAAUCGACGGCAGCUGGCUUUCUCAACUGUGGGGACGCCCGAUUACAUUGCACCUGAAGUCUUCAUGCAGACUGGUUACAACAAACUCUGCGAUUGGUGGUCACUGGGGGUUAUCAUGUAUGAGAUGUUAAUUGGUUAUCCCCCCUUCUGUUCUGAGACCCCUCAAGAAACAUACAAGAAAGUGAUGAAUUGGAGGGAGACCCUCAUCUUCCCACCGGAGGUUCCCAUUUCAGAGAAAGCGAAGGACCUCAUCCUGAGGUUCUGCUGCGAGUCCGAGACCAGAAUUGGCGCCAACGGUGUGGAGGACAUCAAAAGCAACCCAUUCUUUGAAGCAGUUGACUGGGAGCAUAUCAGGGAGAGACCGGCUGCCAUCUCGAUUGAAAUAAAGAGCAUCGAUGACACCUCCAAUUUUGAUGAGUUCCCCGAUUCCGACAUCCUGCAGCCAGGAGCGGCACAGGCGGGACUGGAGAGCAGUGGCAAGAAGUGCCUGUCCUCUAAGACAGUUGCAGUGAGUAACCAUCCUGAGACCGACUACAAGAACAAAGACUGGGUUUUCAUCAACUACACCUACAAGCGGUUUGAGGGGCUGACUGCCCGCGGAGCCAUCCCCUCCUACAUGAAAUCAGGGAAGUGAUGGAGCCGGGACUAGGGCUCACCUCACUGCUUUAGUGCCUAUUUCUUCCACAGAAGCACAUUGAAAGGUCUUUGGUAUUUAUUAGCCACUUCUGCCCUGGAUAGUGACUGACUGUGCGAAAGACACAAAUGACUCGAGAUUUUUCCAGUAAUACAAGCUGCUAUCUCUCUCACUGAGUGGUUCGAAGCAGUGUUGGGUUCAAGCACCAGGGAUGUUCUCCUUACGAGGAGCUGAUGGAUUCUGACUGUCUCGGAUCACUCCUCACUCGUCUGCAUGGACCUGCACUGCCAGACAAGAUGUGUGUUAAUUCCUCGCAUUCCCACUGUAGGAGCAGUCUGGCCCUUUUCAACAAUGCAGUCAAUCAGGCUCCUAUAUCCGGCUCCUCUCCGUGCUUUUCCCAGUCAGAGGGCCGUGUGCUCUUUUUGCCAUUUACUUUUCCGAGGAAUCUUGAUGUAUAUAGCAAACACAAAUACAAAAUACUUUUGAUUUGUGUCAGUUUCCCACCCGCAGUGAGAGAGAUAGACAAUUGGGGCAGACGUGGGUGUAAUAAUCAGGUUCACAAUUCCUCUCAUGAUUAAAGGUUGGUUUAAUCAGCUCUCAGUGUACGGCUAUGAAAUGCCGCAUUACAAAUAUUAGCUUUAGUAUUGAGGCUGUCAGAGCCAACUGCCAGUGAUUGCAUACGUCUGCGUCAUGUAAACAUCAUGGUACUGCUCUUAUCAUGUGUGUAUCUGUGUUCGAUCUGAUAUUAUUUGGGUGAGAUUUGUAAUGAGGCUGAAUGCUGCUUUCACCCUUCAUCUAACCACACGCAGUUUUAAUUCACAGCUUUUCCAGCAACAUUGCAGCCAUUUUUUUCCGGAUCUGUAAAUAUCAACUGUCUAUUUGUAUAAAAGAGUGUCAAUCUCUGUCUCUCCCUCUCCUGUAUAAUACUACCUGACACUCAAACACUGGAGCUGCCAGGUAUAAACAGUGCUUCCCCCAAACACAGAGACUGAGCACUGACUGUGGCGGUGGAGGGCCUAGGACAUGGGGAGGCUACAGAAGCUGGGGAGAAGUACUGGGACAGGAGUUCACAGGCUGCGGCUCAGAGAAGAGAGGUGCUGGAGGUGGCAGUGAGGGAUGAUAAUAAUGAUUUGCAUUUGAUAUAGCGCCUCAUCACGUCUUUGAGACGUCUUAAAGCGUUUCACAGAAUAUGCUGUAAAGUGGUGUGUGCGUACAGGUGCACAACUAACCAUUCCUGGAGCGACGCAGUCACCCUGUAUAAUAAUUCUCGUUUUAAUUUUGUCUUUAGCAUUUUCAUUGAAAAGCUCUGUGUUCUGGUGGAAGUGUAUAAUCAGUGUCAAAGUGAAGUCUUUCACCUGUUCGUGGUGCUGGUCAGGCCACGGUAGCUGCAGAUGCAACAGUGCCUCCUGUCAACUGUAGCUGCUAAUACACACUUUCCAGGUGCAGCGUUUUCUCAUGCUGAGAACUCAGUGUGUUCCCUCCCUUUAAAGAGAAUUUUCUUUCUGCUGGUCUCAGUCCAAAACCCAGGAUGGCAGAACACCCCACUUUUAUAUCCGAAAUGCAAAUGCUGGAAUCUUACGUCAGUUGCACUUUUUUUCAGUGUAAUUUUAUGAAUGAAAGUUAAUAAAUAUUAGAAAUUAGUAACAAGCAGUCUCAGUCUAUGAAAGGAAGGGGAUGAGGCUCACAUUGCAAACUGCCAGGCAGGUUGCCUAUGUGAUUUGCUCUUUCAUCUCUUGAGAGAUUUACAUCAAUGCUGCGAUGGUCUGGUUGCUGUUAGUGUCACUGCAAUCGCUUGCGGGAAGAGAGCACAGCGAGAUCACCAUCCCCAGAGUUUUAGCAAGGCUUUGACAACUGCAUUCCUGAACUUGGAUGUUAAGUGUGAAAGCUGACUGUGAAGCUAGCACCUCACUGUCUGACCUCACAGGGUCAGUCAAUGCUUUUGGCCUGAGCUUUAAUCAUGAGACGUUCGGGGGUGACUGAAGCCUUAGCCAGCAGCUAUCUACUCAGAUAGUAAUUUUACUGCAUAGAUACAGAGGAGAGAACCUGCUCAGCAAUUUGGGGGCACGAUAGACACCCAGCAGGCACAGUCCUCACCAUUGUAUGGGCACUACACUGUGAGCUCCAGGUUGGACAGUGUGGUGGGCAAAACCUGUUGAGGCAGCUGUUGAAAGCUUGAGACGACUGGAAUUUGCUGCUUCUGUUUUUCCUCAAUCAGGAGAUGUCCUGUGCCUUAUCUCAGUCUCUGGUCCUUGCACUGCCCAAACAGCUCUGGCUCUAGCUCUGUCAGUGGAGAUGGACUGUUGCAGCUGAUGAUAGACUUCUCUCAUCUUCUGUUCGGAGGCUGCACAUUCCAGUGUAAACAUUGGGGAGUUGAGGUGCUCCUGUGUCUCAUCCCCACACAGCCCAGUAUUUUAUGUAUUAUAAACCUUUUUCUUAUAGUCAACUCUUUUGAACUUUCUAUGGAGGUUUUUGUUUACAUUGUUUGGGAGCAACUUCCUGCACCUUAAGUGAAUAAAUCUCUCUGUGAAUGUC